CGGACAGUAAAGGAAGCAUAGCAAUAAAGCGAAGCAAUAAUGAAGACUUUCGUAUACUUAUUAAUCGUCAUUCUCAUUCAUUUAAGCACUCAAAUAAGUGCACUGCCAACUAAUUAUCUCCAUUCAAACAAUAACAAUUAUAAGACAAAUUCAAUUGGAUUUACGCCAACAUCAACACCAACGUCAGAUACUGAUGAUUUCACUACAGAAUAUUCACAGGAAAAUUUCGAUGAUGAUUAUGAUUUAAGUGCUGCUGUUAUAGCUACUUUAGCUGGUUGAUGUGGUAAUUAAUUGUAAAGAUUAAUGAAGUUAAAUCUAUGAAACCUUAAUUAAGUGUUUUUGGAAGAAAACCAGUCAAACUAGAUGUAUGAAGUCAUUCAUAAAU